AUGGCUGCGGGCCUACUCCUGCUCUCCGCGCGAGUCAACACUCAUUGCUUCACCUUUCCUCUCAUCCCUUUUUCUAUUUCAAAUCCUGUGUCGCAGGUUAACACAAGUAUGGGCAAGCGCAAGAAGUCAAGCUCGAAGCCUCAAGGGCCCCGAAAGAGGGAGCCUCUUGCUACCACGUUUUCCUGUCUAUUUUGCAACCAUGAGAACUCUGUGGUCGUCAAGUUAGACAAGAAGCUUGGCCUAGGCGAUCUAUCGUGCAAAGUUUGUGGCCAAAAGUUCCAAACUGGUAUCAAUUAUCUCUCUGCCCCCGUGGAUGUAUAUUCGGAUUGGGUAGAUGCAUGUGAUGCAGUUGCGAAGGAUACUGCCAACCAAUAUGACGCACCGAACCCGAGCCAGUUGGGACAAAGAGGGAUCAGCAAGAGCAUUCCAGAAGAGACUGGGCAGGGCGAUGACUAUGAUGACUACUGA